GGUAGCGGAACUCGAAGAUCUGCAAUGGAAGAAUGGCACCGGGGAAGAGAACCAGUGGCAGAGGGAACAGAGGCAGCUCCGCGACAUCAUCAGAUUUAGGUGGAUUCGUGUGAUGCUUCUCAGGGAAAGAAGAGGCGGAACACCGGAAAGGAUGAAGGGAAAAGAGAGACUUUGAUUUUGAUUUUGAUUUUGGAGAGAAAGAAUAAGAAGGAUGAUCUGAUUGGUUUUUAGGGUUUUUAAUUUGAAAAGGAAAUGAAAGGAGAAACGAAGAAAACUGUGAUUUUUGGGGAAUUUGAUUGAAAAUGGAAAAGAGAAAAUAAAUUUUUAUGUGGGCCCCAUUAAAAGGAGAAACUAUGAAGAUAAUAAACUGACGUGUAAAAAAAAGUCACCGUGAGAUAACUCAGUAAGUAAAAUAUGGAGUGCCCUUUGUUAAACUUAAAGCAUGCCAACAAGUACAAUCACGAAAAACAGUUACAGUACGGGAACCAAAUAGACGUCUCCUCUAUAGGUCAUGACCAGUGUUAUAAACCUCCCACUGGCAGGCACACGAUUUACUAGUGUAUAACCCCGACUAGCAGGGUCACUCAAACUAAUCGGUUCUAUCAAUAAUAUGUCGACAUGUGCUAGCGUUUAUAAAUCUCCCACUAGCGGGUACACGAAUAACAUGACCAUAUCGGGGACAAAACCAGGUAAGAUUUACAGAAAAAUCGAUGAUUCACAAUCACUCAAUUUCACGAAUAACCUAGAAAAUUUCCAUGUGGGCAUGGAUUUAACAGAAAAAUCAAAAUUCACCAAUCACUUUCAGAUCAUCAGGACAAUCAAUUAAAUUUC